GAUUGCAGUGAGCCAAAUAAAACGAAAAAGAAAUCGAAGAAGCAGGAUAAAGAUGAGAAAGAGGACAAACCGAAGGAUGAUGUCAAGCCAGUCGGGUUCUUUACAAUGUUUCGCUAUGCAACGAAGAAGGAUCGCAUACUGUACAUUCUCGGACUGCUCGGCGCUGUAGCCACGGGCCUGACAACACCAGCGAACAGUUUGAUCUUUGGAAAUCUCGCUGAUGACAUGAUUAGCAUGAGUGGUACCCUGGAGAGGAAUGUCUAUGUAAAGGAUGCCGCAUCGGACAUGCUGCUGGAUGCGGUGCAGGAUUUUUCGCUGAACAACACGUAUAUCGGAAUUGUAAUGCUGGUCUGCAGUUACAUAUCCGUCACGUCCUUCAACUAUGCUGCCCACUCCCAGAUUUUGGCCAUUCGCUCCAAGUUCUUUCAGUCUGUGCUGCAUCAGGAUAUGACCUGGUACGACAUGAAUCCCAGCGGCGAGGUGGCCAGUCGCAUGAAUGAAGAUUUAUCGAAAAUGGAGGACGGCCUGGGCGAGAAGGUUGUGAUCUUUGUGAACUUCAUCGUGGGCUUCGUUGGGUCCGUGGUGCUGGCAUUUUACAAGGGCUGGCAGCUCUCGCUUGUCUGCCUGACCAGUUUGCCCGUCACCUUCAUUGCCAUGGGCUUCGUAUCCAUCGCCACAUCCAAGCUGGCCAAACAGGAGGUCAACGUCUAUGCCAGCGCCGCCGUUGUUGCCGAGGAGGCUUUAUCCGGCAUCCGCACCGUCAAGGCCUUUGAGGGCGAAAACAAAGAGGUUUCCGCCUACAAGGAGAAGGUCGUUGCCGCCAAAUUACUGAACAUUAAGCGAAACAUGUUCUCCGGCACCGGCUUUGGCCUUCUGUGGUUCUUCAUCUAUGCCUCUUAUGCUCUAGCAUUCUGGUACGGCGUCGGUCUCGUCAUCAAGGGCCGCCACGAUGAAUACUACGAGAACUACUCGCCAGGCACCAUGAUCACCAUCUUCUUCUCGAUCAUGAUGGGCUCCAUGAACAUUGGCAUGGCCGCGCCGUAUAUUGAAGCAUUUGGCAUUGCCAAGGGCGCCUGUGCCAAGGUCUUCAAAAUCAUUGAGCAGAUCCCAACCAUCAAUCCGAUAGAGCCGCGCGGCAAGAAUCUCAAUGAACCGCUGAACACCAUCGAGUUCCGCGACGUCGAGUUCCAGUAUCCCACGCGCAAAGAGAUUCCCAUUCUGCAGAAGCUCAACCUGAAGAUUCAUCGCGGCCAGACGGUGGCCCUAGUCGGGCCGUCGGGCUGUGGCAAAUCUACUUGCAUACAGCUGAUACAGCGCUUCUAUGAUCCUAAGGCCGGCGACGUGCUCUUCAAUGGCAUAAACAUCAAGGAUAUCAAUAUCAAGUGGCUGCGCGAGCGCAUCGGAGUCGUGGGACAGGAGCCUGUGCUCUUUGGCCAGUCCAUAUACGAGAAUAUACGCUAUGGUCGCGAGGAUGCCACCAAGGAGGAUAUUGAGGCUGCUGCCGCAGCAGCCAAUGCGGCCAUAUUCAUCAAGAAGCUGCCCAAGGGCUACGAUACGUUGGUGGGUGAGCGUGGAGCCCAGCUGUCUGGCGGACAGAAGCAACGCAUUGCCAUUGCUCGCGCUCUGAUUCGUGACCCGGAGAUUCUGUUACUGGACGAGGCGACCUCGGCUCUCGACACUGCCAGCGAGGCUAAGGUGCAGGCCGCCCUGGAGAAGGUGAGCCAGGGGCGCACCACCAUCAUUGUGGCCCAUCGUCUGUCCACCGUACGCCGUGCCGACAAGAUUGUGGUGAUCAACAAGGGCGUGGUUGUCGAGGCCGGCACCCAUCAGGAGCUGAUGGCCAUAAAGAAUCACUACUUCAAUCUGGUGACCACACAGAUGGGCGAGGAAGAUGACGGCAUGCUCAGUCCCACUGGCAAUAUACUCAAGAACUUCGAUGUUAAGGAUGAGGACGAACAGGAAAUUAAGGUACUUGAAGAGGAGGAGGACAUCGACGACGCAGUAGAUAAAACAGAUAAAAAGAAAAAGAAGAAGAAGAACAAGGGAGAUAAAGAACCCUCGCCCAUGCGAGGCGUCUUGCAGCUAAAUAAACCCGAAUGGCUUCAUCUUGGAAUCGGUUGCGUGUGCUCCAUCAUCAUGGGCUGUGCCAUGCCCAUUUUCGCUGUACUCUUCGGCAGCAUACUCGACGUGAUGCGUUCCGAGGACGAUGAUUACGUACGGGAGAACACCAACCAGUACAGUCUGUUCUUCCUGAUCUGCGGCAUUGUCGUCGGCAUCUCCACCUUCAUGCAAAUCUAUCUCUUUGGUGUGGCCGGCGAGAAUCUGACGGAGCGUCUGCGUGGCCUGGUCUUCAGUGCAAUGCUCAAGCAGGAGGUGUCCUGGUUCGAUGAUCGUUCCAAUGGCACGGGCAGUCUCUGCGCCCGUCUAUCCGGCGAUGCAGCCGCCGUACAGGGUGCAACUGGUCAGCGUAUUGGCAGCAUUAUUCAAUCGGUUGCCACUGUGGUAUUGGGCAUCGCCCUGGCCAUGUACUAUGAGUGGAGCCUGGGUCUGGUAGCCAUAGCGUUUAUGCCCUUCAUACUGAUUUCCAUGUAUUUGCAACGCAUUGUCAUGGAGCAGGAGAAUAUGGGCAAUGCCAAGAUCAUGGAGAACACAACAAAGCUGGCCGCUGAGGUGGUCUCCAAUAUUCGCACCGUCGUGUCUCUGGCGCGCGAGGACAUGUUCCAUCGGACCUACAUUGAGUUACUCACACCAGCCGUUGUGAAAUCGAAAAGGAAUACGCACUAUCGUGGCUUAGUCUAUGGUCUGGCCAGAUCAAUGAUGUUCUUCGCCUAUGCCGCCUGCAUGUACUACGGCGCCUGGUGCGUGGUCAAUCGCGGUCUACAAAUGGGCAAUGUAUUCAAGGUAUCACAGGCCUUGAUCAUGGGCACUGCUUCCAUUGCCAGCGCCUUGGCAUUUGCGCCCAAUAUGCAGAAGGGCAUUACAGCGGCGCAGAGUAUUUUGAAAUUCCUGGAGCGAAAGCCACUGAUUGCCGACAGUCCGGGCGUCUCUCUGGAGCCCUGGCAUUCCAAUGGCAACGUCAUGUUCGACAAGGUGGAGUUCACCUAUCCGACGCGUCGCGAGGUGCAGGUGCUGCGCGAGCUUAUUAUGCGUGUGCAAGCUGGCCAGAAAGUGGCGCUAGUCGGUCCCUCAGGCUGUGGCAAAUCCACGUGCAUUCAGCUGCUGCAGCGCUUCUACGAUGUGGACGCUGGAGCUGUGCUGAUCGAUGACCGGGACGUUCGUCAGUUGGCCUUGAGCAAUCUGCGCAUGCAGCUGGGCAUCGUGUCCCAGGAGCCCACUCUAUUCGAUCGCUCCAUACGUGAGAACAUCGCGUACGGCGACAACACCAGAUUAGUCACGGAUCAGGAGAUUAUUGCGGCAGCAAAGAAGUCCAAUAUACAUCAGUUCAUUGCCAAUUUGCCACUGGGCUACGAAACGCGCAUGGGAGAGAAGGGCACACAAUUGUCGGGGGGUCAGAAACAACGCAUAGCUAUUGCUCGUGCUCUGAUCAGAAACCCGAAGAUCCUCUUAUUGGAUGAAGCUACAUCCGCUCUGGAUGCCGAAAGUGAGAAGAUCGUUCAAGAAGCAUUGGAUGCUGCAGCCGAGGGUCGCACCACAAUCAGCAUAGCCCACAGACUGUCCACCGUCGUCGACUCGGACGUGAUCUAUGUGUUCGAGAACGGCGUCGUCUGCGAGAGCGGCACCCACAAGGAGCUGCUGGAGGCCCGCGGCCUCUACUCUACAUUGUACAAACUGCAAACUGGUUCCAUGUAAAUAUUGACACACGGAUCAAUCACGGAUCACAGAAUAACAAAUAGCGAUCAAUGAGAAUUACUUGCUUAGGAGCGAUUAGUAUUAGGCUGCA